GGCGGAACACGGGCACCGAGUCGUCUGGCAAGACUGCGGGCACCGAGUCUCGACCGAGCAAGACUGGGCACCGAGUCGUCUGGCAAGACUGCGGGGCACCGAGUCAACUGGCUGAACUGCGGGCACCGAGUCAUCUGGCAAGACUGCGGGCACCGAGUCAUCUGGCGGAAGACUGCGGGCACGAGUCAUCUGGCAAGACUGCGGGCACCAAGUCGUCUGGCAAGACUGCGGGCACCGAGUCGUCUGGCAAGACUGCGGGCACCGAGUCGUCUGGCAUUGGAUCGUCUGGCUCGACAGCGGGCAUCGGGUCACCAGGCAUCAGGUCAUUUGGCUCGCCAGCGGGCACCGCGUCAUCUGGCAAGGCAGUGGGCACCGAGUCACCAGGUACGACAGCGGGCUCUGAGUCAAUUGGCACGACAGCGGGCACCAGGAUCAGGUACCGGAUCAUCUGGAUCAACACAGCGGGCAUCGAGUCAACUG